CAAUCAUCGAAGAACGGAAAAAAUUAAAGGAUCAGAAAUGGCGAAGCCAAACCAGUCCCACAAAGAACCCUAACCACGGAGAUCAACCUCAUAUUUCCAAAAUCUUAAAACCCCAUAAUUCGCCAUGAAAGUGAGAGCUUUGAAGUUGAGGGAAGCUCACAAAGCUGCGGCGAAUGGUGGCGCCUCUUUCUGUUCAGUCUUGUGGGAUCAGAAAGCUGAGCACCUGGUCACGGCCUCCUCAUCGGACCCCGGCAUUUCAAUCCACGACCAUCUUAUUCCUUCCAAUGCGCCCAAGAUCCUCCGCCAUCACCGUGACGGCGUCACGGCCUUGGCUCUCAGCCCCAAUUCCACAUGCCUUGCCUCUGGCUCCGUCGACCACUCCGUCAAGCUCUACAAGUUUCCAAGUGGAGAGUUUCAGACAAAUAUAACCCGAUUCACCCUGCCAAUACGUGUGGUUGCAUUUAAUAAAUCAGGGAGCAUGUUGGCAGCUGCUGGUGAUGAUGAAGGGAUUAAACUUAUUAAUUCUAUUGAUGGUUCAAUUGCAAGGGUUCUGAAAGGACACAGGGGGCCUGUGACUGGCUUGGAUUUUGACCCUAAUGGUGAAUAUUUGGCAUCAAUUGAUUCAGUUGGGACUGUGAUUUAUUGGGAACUCCAGUCUGGAAUAAUGUUACAUACACUUAAAGGUGUAGCUCCAGACACUGGUUUUGAUACUGCCAUCACAAACAUAGUAAGCUGGAGCCCUGAUGGUGAAACCUUAGCUGUCCCUGGUUUGAAAAAUGAUUUAGUGAUGUAUGAUAGAGAUACGGCUGAGAAGCUGUUCUCUAUGAGGGGUGAUCAUGCACAGCCUAUCUGUUUCUUCUCUUGGUCACCUAAUGGCAAGUACAUGGCCACUUCUAGUUUGGAUAGACAGGUUUUGAUCUGGAAUGUUGGUAAGAAGCAGGAUAUUGACAGGCAGAAAUUUGAUGAUCGAAUAUGUUGUAUGGCAUGGAAGCCAAUUGGAAAUGCACUGGCUCUUAUUGAUGUUAUGGGAAGGUAUGGAAUUUGGGAAUCAGUUGUUCCAUCAUCAAUGACAUCGCCUACAGAAGGUAUUCCGAGCUCACGUUUAAAAAACAGCAAUGGGCUUCUUCUGUUUGAUGAGGAGGAUCCUGAGCCUAGUGGUUCUGGCAGCUUAAGCGAACAUGGUGAAGAUAGCCUUGGUGAAUCUGAGCCACCAAGCAGAAAAAGAUUGCGUAAACAAUCUGUACUAGAUGAAGACCUAGACAUGGAUGUUGAUGAUGAGGAAAGCUGGCCUUCAAAGACUAAAUCCCAGAAAAAGACACAUCAUUUGCAAAAGGAAAAUCCAGCUAGGAGAAAUGAUGAGGUAAGGAGCACAAUCGCAUCUACCAAGCCAAAGAUGCAGGAACCUUUUCAGUCAGGUGCUACUCCAUCACAAGCUGGAAAAAGGCGCUUCUUGUGCUACAAUAUGCUUGGAUCAAUAACUACAACAGAACAUGAUGGUUUUUCGCAUAUAGAGGCUGUUGCUCUUGGUAGUGGUUGGGUGGCUGCAGUGACAAGUCUUAAUUUUCUCCGUAUAUUCACAGAGGGUGGUUUGCAGAAACAUGUUCUUUCACUUGAUGGGCCAGUGGUGACUGCUUCAGGCUUCAAAGAUGAGCUUGCUGUUGUUACUCAUGUUUCUGAUUGCCUUCCAUCAAAUGAGCAGAUGCUUGAGUCAAGAGUAUUCAACGUCUCUAAUGGGACCCAGAGCUUGAGAAGUCGUCUUCCUUUAACUCCUGGUUCAUAUCUAACAUGGUUUGGGUUUAGUGAAGAAGGUCAAUUAAGUUCUUAUGAUUCUAAGGACGUGUUGAGAGUUUUUACAAGUCAAUAUGGUGGCAGUUGGCUCCCACUUUUCAGUGCCAGUAGAGGGAAGCAAUCAGGAGAAAGCUAUUGGGUUGUUGGCUUGAAUUCCAGCAAAUUGUUUUGUGUUGUUUGUAAAGACCCUGACUUGUACCCACAGGUGAUGCCAAAACCAAUUCUCACGCUGCUAAACCUUUCUUUUCCUCUUGCAUCUUCUGACCUUGGAGCAGACACACUUGAAAACGAGUUUAUGUUGAAGAACAUGCAUCUAUCAGAGAUUCAGAAAAGAAUGGAUGAACUGGCUGCUAUUGGUUUAGACACCACUAAACUUGAUGAUGAAGCUUUUAAUUUGGAAGUGGCUCUAGAUCAAUGCAUAUUGAAGCUUAUUGGGUCAUGCUGCAAUGGUGACAAACUUGUAAGGGCUACUGAGCUUGUGAAGCUUUUAUCACUGGAAAAAUCAGUGAGGGCUGCAAUCAAGCUGGUCACAAAGCUGAAGCUUCCUAAUUUGGCUGAAAGAUUUAGCAGCAUACUGGAGGAAAGGUUGCUAAAAGAAAGCAUGGAGACCUUAAAUCCUCUUCCAAGCUCUAAAUGUGAUGUGGCCACGACCACUAGAGACGAAAUUGCAGGCAGCAAGGUUGUAACCUCAACUGAAAGAAGCCAAAUAUCAGAACCUCUGAUUACAUCGCCUUCUCCAUUACUAUUAGCUGCUCCAAUCUUUAAAAAGAAAACGAAACCUUCAGAGGGAAUCAAGCUUGGGAAGGAAGAAAAAGCGCCGGAAAACCAGGAUGAAAAUGUGAAGAAUGGAAAGAUAAAGAAAGCAGAAGCGAAGGACGCUGAGGAGACGAAGAAGGUGCAGCCUCAGCGACCAUCUAAUCCAUUUAUUAAGUCAUCAAUCAAUAUGGAGAAAGUAAAGAUUGGUGAAGAGAAUCAAGAUUUUCAGCUUCAGCGUCCAUCUAAUCCAUUUCUCAAGUCAACUAUGAAGUGAUUUACUCUCCAGUUUUAGAAGAACCAAAGAAUUAAAACUACACAGGGAUUUGUUAAGAAAGGUUUUUAACAUAAUCUGCACAGAUCCAUUUCAGGGAGUUAUUUUCCAUGGAAGAUAAAAUUGCUGUAAAUUAUAUAGGCCCUCAAAGGAAGAAGCUCUUUCUACUUUUGUAAGUGCAUAUGUAUAUAUAUGUAUGUAUGUAUGUCAGGCUAAUUACUUGAUUAAUUUUCAA